AUGCCUCUUCAGCUUAUUCAUGUGCCUCUUGUCGACUGGGAAGUAUCCGACGUUCGAACAGCUGAUGCAAGGCGAUCUCCUAUGACGUUCUCUGUAAGGCCACUAGUAGACCACAUUUUGGUCGAUUACAUCAAAUAUAAAGGAUGGUCUCAUGUGGUCUACAUACACGAUGGAGCAAAUGGUUGGCUGACCGGACUUUGCAUGGAAUGUUCGAGUAUCUUAACGCAAAACAGAUGGGGUACAAUCUGUUUGUGGAUAAUUUUAGGGUGGGUAAUUUUUUCCAAUCCAAAGUAUAUCUUUUUUACAAACCGUCUGCAGGCUCCCACCGAUGAGGAAUUCUUCCGCGAAUUUCUAAACGACUUUCACAGAAGGAUGCCAGUUCAUGUGAUCGUUGAUCUCGAGGGCGGCUAUCGUAUGAGGAUGUUUUUAAGAGCCCUUGAAGAAAGUGUACUUGUCAAGAAGGAGUACCACUAUGUUUUCGCUAAUUUUGAAAUGGAAGAUGCAGAUCUGGCCUCAUUCCACUAUUCGCUGAUCAAUAUCACGGGUUUUCAGAUGUUUGAUCGAAUGGAUAAAAAAUUUGUGUGA